AUGGAUAGUCAGCGCCCCUCAGAGAGCGACAUCCCACGCCGAACUGUUCCGGGUUUGCAGCCGGCAAUUCCGGUUAGAUCACGACAAGUCGACGAUCAAGAAAUGGUCCAACUAGCUCUACCUCCAUUGAACGCGACUCCGGUAACCGCUUCACCUGUAUUGAGAAGUAGACCUACUGCAGGCGACACUGGAACUUCGUCUUCUCCCUUCAAUGAGAACCAUCGACCUUCAGUUACUGGAUACAACACGUCUGGUUUCGGAAAUGGAGGCUCCGGUCUUGGAAAUCUUGGAUCUGGCCCAAUAUACAAUAAUGGUGGUGGACUUGGUAAUCUAGGAUCUGGACCUUUGAACAGUGGUCUUGGAGCUUUAGGAUCUGGUCCCAUUUCAAACGGCAGCGGUCUAGGUGCCUUAGGCUCUGGUCCUAUUUAUAACGGCCCUGUUCAUAAUGACCGACGGCGAGUCUACCCUGAUGAGAAUCCGCCUACAACCGAUAUGGCUGCCAUCAUGACAGCUCAUGCUCAAACCACCCGCAGUCGAGGAGCUGCCGCAUUGUCUGGUCUAGGAGGAAAUACAUCUCUACCACAUAACGGAAUGAUGUCUCCCAAUGGAAUGAUGUCUCCUAAUGGAAUGAUGUCUCCCAAUGGAAUGAUGUCUCCUAAUAACGGAAUGAUGUCUCCUGGAGUCCUUUCACCUGGUCGAGGAAAUUCAACAGAUAAUAUUAUCGCCGUACCACCUGCAGCAACCUUGCAGAAAGUCACCCGAGCCGAAUGGACUCCCUACGAGAGAUUUGUCUACAAGGUUGGUAUUCUAGUACCCGACGACGAACCAGACCAACUUGUUGUUCCACCGGGAGCACAUAUUGAGGAGGUUAGACGUAACGGUAGAACCAAAUGGCGUGUAGUAAAUGCAAACAAGUUGGGUCUCCCUGACUACCUCGUAGAUCACCGACGAGAUCGUGAACCACUGGUUAUUUGGUCGGAACGUAAUUCAUGGUUUCCUGUCAUGGACACUGGUAGUCCAUUUCUGAAGAAGUGGGAUGCCUUGUCCAUGAGUUUGCUGCUAUUUACCGCCAUCGUCACUCCCUUUCAAGCCAGUUUUAGUCCCGAUGAAAGCAUAGACCUUCUCUUCCUCAUCAAUCGUCUCGUCGAUGCCGCCUUUUUCUGUGAUAUGUUAAUCCAGAUUCGAACUGCUAAACGUGAUGAACGUACCGGACAGUAUAUACGUGACGAAAAAACCUUAUUUCUGAAAUACCUCAAGUCCUGGUUUCUCAUCGAUUUGGUCUCUAUUAUACCGUUUGACGUAUUUUCGCUCGGAACCUCGGACUCUGGUACAACUGGUGCUGCUUCCGAUCUGUCUAAACUAAGACUGCUACGUUUCUUGAGAUUGGCCAGAUUGUUGAAACUGCUUCGAGUCCUGAGAGCUUCCAAAAAGCUGAAACAAUGGCAAAUGUACAUAAAUGCUCGAUAUGCUACACUUGAACUUUGGAAGUUCUUCAUCAGUCUGAUAUUUAUUGUGCAUUGGAUUGGAUGUGGAUAUCGAUUAGCAGCCACAGCAAACAAUGCAGAUGAUAUUCCUGGAUGGAAUGACCGAUACGCAAUCGCCACAAACCAAACCACAGCGGACAUGUGGCAGUUAUAUGUUGCAGCUGUAUACUGGUCUUCGUCUACUAUAUCUUUGGUUGGUCCUUCCUGGUCGGUUAUGGCACCACAAUGUCUUCGAGAACUUGGUUAUGCUCUAUUCGCAAACGUUAUGGCUUUCGUCAUCGCCAUGUACUUUAUCGCAACACUGGUGGACGUCCUCGGAGCCACGAACAAGACUCAACGAGAUCAUGAAAUACGUGUGGAUUCUUACAUGGAAAUGUUUGAUCGACUGAAACUGGACAAGAGACUCAAACGCAAAGUCCAUGAAUACCUUACUGACUCCUUUGCUACAUCUGUUACGUCUGGCUAUACAACUUUGCUGAAAGGACUCCCUAUGCAAUUACAUGGCUUUAUUACAAUGGAAAUGUUUGUCCCUUUCUUGGAGGAAAUCCCCUAUAUCGAACCAUUCAUUGACCGUGAGCCAAUCAUGAUACAAGAUCUCUGUCGUGGCAUAGAUAUCGUCUCGUACCCUGCCAAUUCUGCCAUCUUUUCUGAAGGUUACGAAGGCAUUUACUAUCUCGCUCACGGAAUUUGUGCUAGUGAAGGUCGAAUAUAUAGAUCAGGAGACAUUUUCGGCAGAACAGUACUGCGAGAGCAGAUCAAGACGACAGAGUGCCGAGCUCUUACGUCAGUCACAGUUCAUCUUCUCCGUCGAGAUGUCAUUAUAUCGACAUUGCAAAAAUGGCCUCGAAUCAUGUACUACGCCAAAAGAUGGACAGCUUGGGCUCUUUUACGUCGAUAUAUUAAAACGUACACCAACCUCUAUUACAUGGCUGCCAAGCGAGGAGCACGAAUGUAUCCUCCUCUUGUUUCACGACGACCCAAUAUGAAGGACGACGAUGCAGACGAAAUUGAUAUGGCGGUUAUGGAACAUAUAGCCGAGUAUGGAUACUGA